GAAAGGCAUAAGAAAGUGGGGGGAGAUGGAUUAUCUUUCUGCCGAAUGAAAAGGGGAAGAAAAGAAGAAAACCAACUGGGUAUUCGGCCCUUCCUCAAGCAAAUUAAGCCUGAAGAUCGGAUUAUGGAGACGUACAUAAACAACUUAAGCGAAGGUGCACCAGAGGUCAUUCACGGGCACUUGCAAGAUGCAGACUUUUUAUACACAGUUUGCAUGCUCGAGGGAACUAAAUUGGAUCCCCCACUCAUCAGUGCUUUGGUCAAGAGAUGGAGACAAAAGACACACACGUUUCAUCUUCUAUGCAGUGAGUGUACAAUUACACGUGAGGACGUCAGUUUACAACUUGGUCUACCGGUCAAUGGGGAUGACAUUACAGGCCAGUUGUUAGUGUCGAUUGGAGUGUAACAUACGAGCAACUGUGUUAGCUAGAUGGAACAAACCGAAAAUGC